UACUACAUUGGCACGUAAAACUGAGCAUUUUGUCCAGAUCUUUUUCAGACCCAAUGGUGUCUAAUCCAAUUCCUGAGGAAGUGCUGAUGAACGAGGCUCUGAUACAGGAUCUACAGGAGGUGGCUAAGGACUCUGCCCUGCUUCAAGGUGUCCUGAUGAGAACCAGAGAGAGUCCCAGUUCAUCAGAGGUUGUCAGCUAUGCCCCAUUCACACUGUUCCCCACUCCAGUGCCACGAGAUCUGUUUGAACAGGCGCUGCAGGUUCAGACACACUUCAACCUGCUCGUGGACAGAAUCAGCCAAGAUGCAGAGUUUCUGGAACGAGCCCUGGCAAGCACAAUAGAAGUAGAUGACUUCACUGCCAGACUGUUCAGCAUCUACAGGCAGGUUCUUAAAGAGGGCUGUUCCCAGUCUUUAGCUUUGGGGUUAAACCGCUCAGACUACAUGCUGGACAGUGGAAAAGAUGGCGGCACAUCUUUAAAACAGAUCGAGAUCAACACCAUAGCUGCCAGUUUUGGAGGUCUUUCCUCAAGGACUCCAAUAGUUCAUAGACAUGUCCUGAAGGUUGCAGGCCUCCUAGAUGUAGAGAAGAAGAUCCUGGACAAUAACCCAGCUGCAGGACUUGCUAAGGCCAUUGCAAAAGCCUGGGAGCUCUAUGGCUCUGAGAGGGCUGUGGUGAUGUUUCUGGUUGAAAAUGUCCAAGUGAAUAUAUAUGACCAUCGAUAUGUUGAAAAUGAACUUUGGAACAGAAAUAUUGCUGUCAUAAGGAGGCGAUUUGCUGAUGUGUACAAAGGUGGAUUUUUGGACCAGGACAAAAGGCUUUUUGUAGAUGGCCGAGAAGUUGCAAUUGUGUACUUUCGGAAUGGUUACAUGCCCCAGAACUACACAGAACAGGGUGCCCACCUGGCCGGGACCAAGAAGGUCCAGCAAGAACUGACCCGGCCCGGAGUUCUAGAGAGGUUCUUCCCUGACAACCCAACAGCUGUUGCUCAGAUCAGAGCUACUUUCACUGGCCUCUACACCCUGGACAUGGGAGAAGAAGGAGACAGGACUGUAGCCAUGGCCCUGGCUAACCCAGAGCAUUUUGUUUUAAAACCUCAGAGAGAAGGGGGAGGAAACAAUAUCUACGGGGGGGAGAUUUGCCAGGUGCUGGACAAGGCCAGAGGCAGCCCUGACAGAACUGCCUACAUCCUGAUGGACAAGGUCCAGCCUCAGGCUACGAAGAACUACCUGCUGAGAAGUGGCUGUGCUGUGAAGCUUAGCAGCUGCCUGAGUGAGCUGGGUGUGUUUGGGGCCUACAUCAGGCAGGAUAAACGGAUGGUGCUGAACGAGUGUGCAGGACACCUGCUGAGGACCAAGAGUGCAGAACAUUCUGAUGGGGGUGUGGCUGCAGGCGUGGCAGUCCUGGACAACCCCCUAAUCGUAUGAACCACGCUGCCUCUCUCUGUGUGGAGGAAGAACAUGAGGCCCAUCACCUGAUGACAACACUAAGGAAGGACCAGGAACAACUACAGUUGUCUGAAGAAUUAUCUCAAUUAAUGAAAUCAUCGUGAACAGUUUUGUAAAUUUUAUAAUUAUUUUAAAAGAUGUGAGGAUUUUAUUGUUUUGUUUUACUUCCAUGAAAUAGGAUACUCUUGCUGACCGAUUCUAUCCAGAACUACCUAUAUAUUCCAAAAUCCUAGUCGUUUUUGUACCUGCACAUAUUGUAAUUAUAAUUACACACGAAAAUGCUAAUAAGAAAUAUCAAAAAUGCAUUUUACAACUAAUGUGAUGAUUGUGCCUAUUUCCCGGAGCAGAAGGUACUGUAGGCGACGGUUUCUGCCACAAGACACAAGGUUUUCAGCUAAUGGGCAGUGAUUUCCCUGUGAACCAAAAUCCACUUUCUCAAAAGCUAUGAGGUGGCAAAUUACAGUGAACCCUUGACUGCCCUACCUGAUACAGUGGAUACUCGGAUUGCGUUGGCAAAUGUGUUUGUUGAAGCUCAGUCUUCAGGACACCAUUAGUUUCUGUUUCAGUGAGAUUCUUGCUCAUUUAUGGUUGAAUUGUGUGGCACCAGAGAGGUAGGGAAAUUUAAAAAAGGUAGAGAAUCCAGCUCUUUGUAUUGACCAUUUAGAGAAAAUAAACCUGUAAUUGCUGUGCCAGGUGUAUGAUAUCCUACUCGAUUUAACACUUAAAGUUGUCCCGCAAUUGAAGCUCUUUAGUCGUCAGGUACUCUUGCAGGCUUAGAAACACCUCUUAUGUUUUAUUUCAAAGAAUAAACUAAGCUUUUAACUGCGGCUUCAGUUCGGUUUGCACAUUGAAAACUUCUGACCUUUGCUAUUGUAGUCCAAUUUAAAGAGCAAAAAUUUCAGACAACAUCCUCGAACAUGAGAACUUGACCACCAGUGGCUGAAUAAUGACAGAAAGUGGGCAAUGGCUGGACUUGUGCAGUUUAAAUCGCCUGGUCAACACUUUACCCCAAGAGAGCCGACAGCUGUGUGUGCAGCAGCAAUUUAAUCUGUUUGCUUCCCAUAUUAUUAUCCAGUUCAGAAAAGGUGCAGUAAUUCAAAGGAUGUGGUUUUAUUAACUUGACCAUUCUUACAGCAUUGUGCAGUACUUCCCUUGCAUUGACAGGCAUGUGGUAAUUUGUUCCCUGUGUUUCCUGUAAUGCACCCCUAUUGCAUCUUGAGCCACUGCUUUAACAAGCCCCUUGUUGUUGAUUUUGCACCAUCAGUGCAAUUUCCAACACAUCUUGACCAUGGAACUCUGUGGUCAUUGAUGAAAUGGUUAGUUGUUCAGCUGGGUAACAUUUUGCAAAAUAAAAUGUCUUCAUGUGUA